AUGGCCGGAGGAGCACUGCCUACUUUGGUUCCAAACAUGCAAAAAGUAGGAUUGCGCUACGACGGAACAGCUCAGCCGAUUACAACGCCCCCCCCGUACAGUGCAUACCCAAACCAGACGAUACCGGUUCCAAGCACCGCUUAUUCUUCUCUUGCUACUCAAAACACUUUGAUGGCAACUGGAAAAAUCAAAAAAUUCAAUAUAGAUAUCGCCAACGUCCAGGAGGCAAACCAGAUUGACCCUUCAAUUUCAGUACUCAAGGCCUAUAUCACUGGUACGCAUGGUGAGGAAGAAGAGAAUAAAAAUGAAAGAGAUCAUAAUGACAAGAGCCUACAAUCGAAUCACUUGCGUGAAAAAAGGCAAAUAAAUAGGAAGGGCGAAGAGGACUCGUUAAUGAAGACUCUAGAAACAGGACAUGAGGCGCGAGGGUCAGAACAAAGCACACAGAGGUCAUCCCAGCAAAGAGAGAACAGAAACGCAAGUUGGAAGCCAUGCCUAGCAGAUGCAUAUUCACAAAAUAGCUUUGUGUAG